GCUAGUUUUCUCUUCGAGGUCGCAGCUUAGGGAAUGUCAGGAAGGACGGCCACGGUGAUGCGUGUAGAAGAGGAACUGGUAAGCACAGGAUACACUGUGACAGUACUUCUCCGAGCGUACAUAGACGACGACUUGACGGCGAGUGAGUGCAGACAACGAGCUAGGGAUUUGAUCCACGAGCGUAGAGCUGAUGUACUGGCGCGAGUGACCUUCCAGACCUCGAUUUCCUAUGAUGUGAUGAUAUGGUCUCAUGGUUAUAUGCGCGCGGAACACUACCAUGAUGAGACGGUAGAGGAGGCUAGAGUGAGGGUGAGAGGAGAUCUUCCGCGCGACAGGCUUGAUUUCCCGGAAGUCCUAAAGCUCGCGAUAAAGGCAGAGGCAGACGAUUACAAGGACUUGGUGUGGAGAGGGAUGAGGAGACGUGACUUCUCUCUCUACAAGGAGUAUGCCACURAUAGAUGUCCUGAUUUCAAGGAUUAUCCCUGGUCGGAGAAGAAUGAGGCCGUGGCUGAGGAAGUGAAGGAGAUACGGGACAUGGUGAAGGGAUUAACGRGACAGGUUACAGAGAUUGUGACCGCCACAGGGGUCACGACCUACCGGGACAAACCUGGAGGGCCCUAUUUACUUCGCUGGGACCGUAGGAAGAACGAUCCCUGGAGGAUUGUCGAGGAUAGAAAUCCUCGGACGCUGACUGAUUAUCGUACGAGGGGAAGAGAGAGAGACGAUGAAUCAUGGCGACGUAGGGACGCUGAGAUAGAUCGAGACCGCAGAGAUCGCGAGCUGUUUGUGCGAGCAAGGAGGCUAGAUGAUUACCCCCGAAGCCCUCGCUAUGAGGCCGAUCGGGGUAGAGGCGACUCCCGCGGCCGAUGGGAGACAGAACAGGGCCGACGAGAUGGAUAUAGGGGCAACAGAUACGAGAGAUCGGAUCGAGAUGGAUAUAGGGACGACAGAUACGAGAGGUCGGGUCGAGAUGGCUACAGAGGAAGUAGAUAUGAGAGAGGAGAUCGGGACUGGGAACGACAAGAUGGGUCGCGCGGACGGUUUGAGCGCGGGGGAGAUGCGAGAGAGGAGCGCGACGAGUCACGGGGAUGGUACGACCGAGGGGACCGACGCGAUGAGUCACGAGGACAAUAUGACUCGGGGGACCGCCGGAAUGAUUCGCGAGGGUGGUAUGAGCAAGGAGGGUCUGGAGGAGACCGGCGCAACGAUUCGCGCGGUCGGAAUGAGAGGGGGGGAUAUGGCGUCUCAUCAGAACCAUAUCCUAAGUCGCCUGACCCCAAGGCGGCCAGAAAUUCGAUCUCUAGAGGCGCAGACGACAGGGUAUCUACUCCCAGGAACUCAUGCGUCUACUGUAGAGGAGAAAAUCAUAUCAAGAGGGAUUGCGCGGACCUCAAAUGGGCAAUAAAUGAGGGACUUGUCGUGCUUGACGACCGCAAGUACGUCAAGUGGGCAGAUGAUCUGAGAGAUGUAUCGAUCUUCCCUUCGAUGAAAGAGAAUGUCGAAGCAAGGAGAAUAAAGACGAGUAAAGGAAUGGAGCCGGUCAGGAGCCAGAGCAUCAAGAUAAUCUUUGAGGGGGAUAUCGCGACCACACCCAUAAGGGUGGAAGCAACCAAGUCGGCAAGAGGGUCUACAUCGAAGAAGACUGACACAGAUUACGUGAUGACGAUGAAUGACGGGCAGCGAGUCGAUGGAGAGGAGGUUAUCCUUUCGCCGCGAAAGAGGGGAGUGAAGAAGUUCUUAAUGAAGAGUUCGCUGGACGAGAUUGACACGGUUGAGCCACUGAGGCGGGUCCUUCGGCAACCAAUGCAGUGCUCUAUUCUGGAGUACCUGGCGGCAUCGAAGCCGGCUCGUGAUGAAUUACAGAUGAUCACGCGGAAGACUCGCAUACCUCUAUCAGAGGAGGGUCAGGGGGCCCCUAAAGCGGAAGCUUCAACAGUAGCGGUAACGGGGGUGACUGCCAGAGCGGAUCGCAUGGCGACAGUCCUUCUCGAUGGGAUGGAAGGUGUGCCUCCAGACAAGUUUUAUAUACUUGGUAGUGGGGCCGUAGAGACGAUUAUAAACGAUGGAGCGAUACUCGAUGCUGUGAUUGAUAACGGCAGUGAGGCUGUCAUCAUAGACGAGGACCUGGCAGUACAAGUUGGAUUGGGCCUCGAUAGAUCAUACCUAUUCGAGAUAGAGACGGUUCAUGGGAGAAAGCAACAGAUCACUGGGGUUUGUCACAAGGCAGCCACAGAGGUCCAAGGGGUAAGAGUGACCCUGCCUGUCUUUGCAGUCAAGAACUGUAGCUCCGACCUGCUUUUGGGUCGAACGUGGCUGAGCCACGUGCAUGCGGUGACGAUAGAGCAACCUGAUGGGAGCCAAACAUUGUCCAUUAGGAAGUCAGACCGGACGCGGGUAAUGAUUGAGACAGUGGAGCCUCGGGACCCGAGGAACAGAGUAGCUCUCGCUGUGGGUGCAAGACCUAGGGAUCAGAUUAAGUCAUUACCUAUCUCCGGACGCGCGGUGCGAUUUCGCGAGAAGAGAUUUGGACUACUGCUUACAGAGGAAGAAGGUCGGAUCGUGGAGGUGGAAGAUUUAAAGAGUCGGCUAAUAGUGGACGGCAACUCGUACCCAAAGGAAAGAGAUGAGGAAUUUGGCGGUGUGGUAUCCAAGGACGCUGGAGGGAAGGAAAGACCGUUAAGAUUUGAGAGUAGGACACUUAAUACGGCUGAGCGUAACUACAGUCAAUUCAAGAAGGAAGUGUUAGCUGUUCUCCGGUGUCUAGACACGUUCACACACUAUAUCUAUGGGCGACGGUUCAUCUUUAGAGUAGACCCCACCGCGGUUGCCUCUGUCCUCCAGAAGGACUUUAGUCUGACGGACCCGACCAUCGCCCGAUGGUUAAUACGGAUUCGGCUAUACGAUUACACGGUUGAGAGAGUAUCUGGUACGAAAAAUGCCGUGGCAGAUGGACUUUCGCGCAUCCCUCUCGAGCGUCCGAUAGUAGCUGGGGCUCUAACAAUGGCAGAGCCGAGGCGCGCCAAGAGAUUUCUAGUUAAUCUUUACGAGGGCAAGUACCGAAUGAUCGGACUACACCUGACGGGAGAGGAGAGUUAAGAUUCAGAAAUCCGGAGGCAAGCAGCCCAGUACUGCCUUAGAGCGGGCCACCUUUUCCGAAGGCCAGUAGGGUCGGGAAUGCCCUUACGAGU